AUGGCGGCCAAGUCGGACGGGGUGCUGAAGAUGAAGAAGAGCGACGUGGCCUUCACCCCCCUGCAGAACUCGGAGCACUCAGGCUCGGUGCAGGGGCUCCACCCGGGCGGCCAGCCCGACUCUGCGGGCACCGGGGACGGUGACUUUGCUAACGGGGAGUCGCGGUGCUGCGGCGGCGGAGGCUCCAACUCGACGUGCCUUCGGCUGGGCAGGGAGCAGCAGAAGUACACGGUGUGGGACGGCUUGUGGAUCGUGGCGGCCGUGGCCGUGUAUCUGGCAGAUGUGGGCACCGACGUGUGGCUGUCGGUGGACUACUUCCUCCGCCGCGACUACUGGUGGUUCGGCCUGACGCUGUUCUUCGUGGUGCUGGGCUCCUUCUCGGUGCAGCUCUUUAGCUUCAGAUGGUUCGUGCACGACUUCAGCACCGAGGACAGCGCCGACUCGUCCGCCGACUGCUCCCACAUGGACGGGAACAAGCUGCUGAGCGGCUCGGCCUCGCACGGAGACGUUACCGCGCAGCAUCACCCCGCCACGCCGCAGAGGCAGGCGUCGACCGCGAGCAGGAACACCACCACCAACAGCACCAACAGCACCGCGCUGGGCAACAGCAGCAAGAGACGGCCAGCCUACUACUCGUUCUGCGUCUGGUUCGGCCAAUCCGUUAUCCACAUCCUUCAGCUGGGCCAGAUAUGGAGAUACUUCCAUACCAUCUACCUGGGGGUCCGGAGUCGUCAGAGUGCUGAGACGGAGCGUUGGCGCUACUACUGGAGAAUGGUCUAUCAGUUUGCAGAUGUGAGCAUGUUACAUCUACUGGCCACCUUUCUGGAGAGCGCUCCACAGCUGGUGCUGCAGCUGUGCAUCAUCAUCCAGACACACAAGCUCCAGGCUGUGCAAGGUAUGACAGCAGCAGCCUCUCUCGUCUCUCUGGCCUGGGCUCUGGCCUCCUACCAGAAGGCCCUGCGAGAAUCUCGGGAUGACAAGAAGCCCAUCAGCUACCUGGCUGUCAUCAUUCAGUUCUGCUGGCACUUCUUCACCAUAGCAGCCAGAGUCAUCACUUUUGCACUGUUUGCCUCUGUGUUCCAACUCUACUUUGGCAUCUUUAUUGUUCUGCACUGGUGCAUCAUGACCUUCUGGAUUGUCCACUGUGAGACAGACUUCUGCAUCAGCAAGUGGGAGGAGAUUGUGUUUGACAUGGUGGUGGGCAUCAUCUACAUCUUUUCCUGGUUCAACGUCAAGGAGGGACGAACAAGGUGUCGGCUUUUCAUCUACUACCUGGUGAUCCUGGUGGAGAACGCUGCUCUCAGUGCGUUGUGGUAUCUCUACCGGUUACCUCACACCACUGACGCCUUUGCGGUGCCGGCCCUCUGUGUCAUCUACAGCAGUUUCCUUACUGGGGUGGUGUUCAUGCUCAUGUACUAUGCCUUUUUCCAUCCCAAUGGACCCCGCUUUGGACGUUCACCAAGCGGCCAGGGCCUGGACCUAGAUCCCACCGCUCAGUUCUCUACGCUACCGUCUGAAGGGGCCACCAACUCACUGCGCUCCAACCGAGGUGCCGUCACAACCCUGGAGCGUGACAUGGGAAAGUAUUCUGAGCGGGAUGGCUGCAUGCCGGUGUUUCAGGUCCGACCCACAGUGCCAUCUACACCAUCCUCUCGUGCUCCACGCCUUGAAGAGACCGUCAUUAAGAUUGACCUUUGUAGGAACCGCUACCCUGCCUGGGAGCGUCACGUCCUUGACCGCAGUAUACGCAAAGCUAUCCUGGCCAUAGACUGCUCCCUGACUCCUCCACGGCUGCAGUACAAAGAUGACGCUCUGGUGCAAGAACGGUUGGAAUAUGAGACCACGUUAUAGGUCUGCCCUGCUCUCAGGACCCACACAGGGAUGCAGUGUCAGAGGGUUAUC